AUGUAUUCUAGACCAUCAUCAAGCUCAAGUUCAAGCUCAUCUUCUUCAAAUACUGAAGAAUAUGAUCAACUUGUUGAUGAACUCUUCACAUACCAACCCCCAUCUGUCCUCAUGCCCCAAAUACAAUCCCAACACACUUCAAAAAAACCUAGAGGGGGUACGAAUAGAAGAGAUAGGGAUAUUGGACAUGACAGGUUGUUUAAUGAUUACUUUUCCGAUAAUCCUGUGUACAACACCACCCAAUUUAGAAGAAGAUUUUGUAUGCAACGACCUUUGUUUGUACGUAUAAUGAACAAGGUCGUUGAAGGUGAUGUUUACUUCCAGCAGCGUAGGGAUGCAGCUGGAAGGUUAGGUUUAUCACCUCUGCAAAAAUGUACAGUGGCGAUAAGAAUGUUAGGCUACGGCAUGGCUGCGGACGCCGUGGAUGAAUACGUUCGGAUCAGUGAGUCAACCGCUCGAGUUGCCCUUCAACGUUUUUGUACCGGGGUCAUUGAUCAGUUCGGAACCGAGUACAUGCGAAACCCUACAACUGAUGAAUUGGCCAGAAUACUGCAUCAAAAUGAACUGCGUGGUUUUCCAGGCAUGAUAGGCAGCAUUGAUUACAUGCAUUGGGAAUGGAAGAACUGUCCAACGGCUUGGAAAGCGCAGUACGCCGGUAGGAACAAGAAAGCUACGCUAAUAUUGGAAGCCGUUGCAGAUUAG